AUGAAGGGUAAUCACAAAGUAAUGAUCUGACAGUGAAAAACAGGCUACAUUUUUAUAAGGUGUGCUUCACAGUAGGGGAGGUGUUGUGACAGAUAUAAAAUCCUUUAGAAUAAUUUUUUUUCUAGACAAAACCACAAUAUUAAAAUGAAAGGCUGUCCCCUGUAUUUUGGAUCCCCCAUGAAAUAGAUCUACUUUUUCAUCUCUUUUAUGGUGCUAUAGAUUAAAUACCAGAAGCUUUCCCCGUAAGAAAUGUGGUACAGACACAUGUAGUCUGCAGUUGUUAAAGGGGAGUGCAGCAGUGGGAGAGCCAAUUAUUGCUCCAUAAAUGUCAUGGUUCCCAGGGCAAUUUCCUCUCAGUGACUGGAGAAAGCCAUAGUGUGUUUUGGUAAAAUACAUAAUAAAGCAAAUAUCCAUUAGUUCCUUAAGGAGUAUACUAUCACAGUUUUUUUCCCUGCAUGAUGACUCAUAUUUUUCACUACUAGAAGGAGAUUAUCCUAUAGAUUAAACGUUUAGUGCUCACUGACAUAGUUUAGGGAUAUUAUGAGAAGCACACUGUUUUACUGCUGUAGUGUCUUUGUUACAAAAUAUUUUGUGUCAUGCCUACACACACACACACAAAAACAAACCAGUGUUCUAUUGAAAAAGGAUUUAUGAAUUUUUCUUACUUGAUGAGAUUUUAAGGAAGAGGAAAAUCUGUGGGCAGGAUUUAAUGCCAAAAUGAAAGUGCUGGUUGAGAGUAACGUACUAUGUUUUGUUUAUAAAUUCACAUUUUAACUGUAGGCUCAAAUAACAUCCAACUCCAGGAAACUUGCAUGAGCAGUUCAGCAAUGUUAUUUGUUUUUGUUGAUAGUAGAGGAAUAAUUGCUUUCAGCCCCAACCAGUUUUGUUUUGGCAGCUUUGUAAUGUUCUGUUUAUCAGCCAGGCAGUGUGAUUAGAAAACAUUACUUGACUGAUCACAUUUCAUUUCUUGCAGUAACUUGUUUAGCAUGCGGAGUGAGACAUCCCUAGCUAACCAGUUACCUUUUGCAAGGUGGCUUUGUAUUUUGUUAAGAACUUUCCUUUCUCUCCUUGCUGUUAGGCAAGACAGUCUGAGAGACGUAUCUUGUCUCCAUUCUUCACGGCUAUCUAGAAUCCCACAUCUUGGCAAAGUCAAUGUCAUAAUAUUUUGUACAAAAGCUGCGAAAAUGCAGCACAGUUUUCAUUAUUUGACCUCUAGAGACUAGAAAUGAGAAGAAAUUAUUAAUACACAUAAAACUGCCUUGCUUUUAGUGUAGAAUUUUCCAAAGAGUGAAUUGUCUGCACGUUCACUCUCACAACUGUACCUGCCUGUGGUGCACUGACUGCAACUGUCUGUACACACCUUCCAGACUAUUUCACAGUAAAGCAAAGCUUGUUAUAUUGUAUUUCCAGAGAGCUCUUAGCUGACUUUCUCAUCCUCAUUUCACAAACCAAAGAUCGUGUGCUGAAUUUAAUCCAUGUUAUUUCCUGCCAUCCCACAAGUCAGUAAGGCUUCUUUUCAUAUGUCUUUUAUUGUUCAGUUUGUGGAUCCUUUUGUUUUAACAUGAACUAGAGUUCUCUAUUGUGUGUGAACAUUGUCACUGCUGUCUAAGUACUCUAAAAAAAUACGAAAUUUAAAAAAGCAGGAAUACUAUAUGGGCCAGACUCAGACUCACACCACUCCAGGAGAGGCACAACAUGGCAAUCCCUGUAGUCGAAAGGUACAUAUGAAUUGCUGCAAGUUGAUGUACUUAUGAUGAUGAGGUAGAGAUCAGCAGCAAGUAAGAAAUCACAAGAAAGCUUGUGAAAAAAGAAAGGCAAACCAAAAUCUUGCAUUGUUUCAAAACCUUUUAAAAAUGCAACAUCUGUGUUUGUGUUUCCCCACCAGGACUGUGCUGUGUAAUGACCCAGAGAUGACCCUCACUCCUGUGAACUUCCCCGUAGAUACGUUCAAGCUUCGGAUAGAAAAGACAGCCAUCCGCAGGGUGCCAGGAGAGGCUUUCCACAAGCUCCACAACCUGGAGUACCUCUGGAUGCCCUAUAACUGCCUGGCCGGCCUCAGCAGCAUCACCUUCAAGGGCCUCCGACACUUGCAGGAGCUGAGACUGGAUGGGAAUGACUUAAUAUCAUUCCCCUGGGAGACCCUGGCUGACAUGCCCCAGCUGAGGCUUCUGGAUUUACACAACAAUGAACUUACCUCAGUCCCUUCAGAUGCUGCUCGGUAUGUCAGGAAUCUCACAUACCUGGACCUCUCUAGCAAUAAGCUGAUGACUCUUCCUCAGGUUCUUAUUGCCACCUGGGCCAACCUUCAGGCUGUUCCCUACUUCCCCAAUGAUAAUUCCAAGAUCAUCCUAGGCUUGCAAGACAAUCCUUGGGUAUGUGACUGCAGUCUGUAUGAAAUGGUCCAUCUCAUAAAUUUCCAGUCUCCUAACAUAGCAUUCAUUGAGCCCAGGCUGAAAUGCUUCACUCCCCGGAGCCUUGCAGGAGUCUUCUUCAGCCAAGUUGAGCUAAGGAAGUGUCAAAGCCCCGUGGUACAUACGUCCGUAGCCAAAGUAAAGACCAUCCUGGGCAGCACUGUGUUACUGCGAUGUGGGACUACGGGAGUGCCCAUUCCUGAGCUGAGCUGGAGAAGGGCUGAUGGUGCUCCACUGAAUGGCACAGUCCACCAAGAGAUUUCCAGUGAUGGGAUGAGCUGGUCUAUUCUGGGCCUGCCUGUCGUCUCUUACUUUGACUCUGGAGAAUACAUCUGUAAAGCCAAGAAUUUUCUGGGGGCAACAGAGGCGUUCAUAUCUCUCAUCAUCACUGACUCAGAGAGCACGGAUGACCCCAACACUAAUGCCAGAGGUUCAUGGAGUGGGAAGGUGAGUGGGAUGGAGGCAGCUGCCUACAAUGACAAGCUAGUGGCAAGGUACAUUAUCACCACCUCCACCAUGCCUACCCUGGGGGCUGGAGUGGGCACUGGAGAGACCCUUCUCCUCCCAGAUGUGGCACAAGAUAGCAACCCCAGAAACCUGCUGGUGAGCCCACCCACUGAGCCAGAGCAGGAGCAGGAGCGAAUUGUGAGGUCCGUCAGGGUGAUAGGAGACACUGAUGAGGGUAUCACCCUUGCCUGGAAGGCUCCUCUGGCAAAAAACACAACAGUUUUCAGUGUUCUCUAUGCUGUCUUUGGAGAGAGGGACAUGCGGAGAAUCAAUGUGGAGCCAGGGAAGACCAAGGUCACCAUUUAUGGGCUGCUGCCAAAGACCAAAUACAUUGUGUGUGUCUGUGUCAAAGGGCUGAUUCCCAGGAAGGAGCAAUGCAUCAUAUUUUCCACAGAUGAAGUAGCCAGCGCAGGAGGAACCCAGAAGCUCAUCAAUGUGGUUGUCAUCAGCGUGGCCUGUGUCAUUGCUGUUCCUCUGACACUGGUGGUCUGCUGUGGAGCACUCAAAAGGCGCUGCAAAAAAUGCUUUGUGCGGAAACCUAAGGACCUUCAGGAGUCCUACGUCACCUUUGAAAGCCUGUCUCCUGGGUCCAAGGUGAAAGGCGUGGAAGGAGAAUACUUGACUAGACAUACCCCCGAUGAGUCGAACAGGCUGCUGUCUGCCCGAUCCAGUGUGGACUCAGAAGCAAUACCAAAGGUAGAGGGGCAGCCUAAUGAAUACUUUUGCUGAUAGUAACUAGGCUGAUUGUCAGCUUGCUAGAUGGAAAGCACAUGGCUGUACACAGGACUCUGCUUCAGCUUUGCAUCCUGUCAAUGCUUCUGUCUCCAAAUGAUAUGGAGGAGGGUGCAAGAGGAUGGAUGGUGCCCAAGCUUUCCAGAAACUUGUUGGUCAUCCCACUUGGGGUUUACUGUUUUGUACCAGUCAAAGCUUCUGUGUUAAUGGCCUCGUUCUACUGGACCACUUUUAUUUUCAUAAAAUGAAGUGUGCACACUGACUGUGAGGACAUUCAGCAACAUUUCCGAGCACAUUCUGCUUGGUGUUGUUUAGUAUCUGCUCUGCAAUAUGUUGUGUUUUAGUUUCAGCUUUUUUGACAUUCUUUUGGUUGACAAACAGGGGAGUGUUUAGUAAUUUUAAUAUAAAUACAUAAGAAGGUGAAGAUUGAGAGUCUCACCUUUUACAUUUCCCAUGUUUGCAUGAAACAUGCAGCUUGAUGCUUAACAGAGCACUAAACGCAGAUGUACAGCAACCCUUUCUUGUAUGUUCAACAUAAUAACAUCUGUACACUCUGAAUUCAGAGAAAUGUGCAAAGGAGAUAGAAAUCAAGGGACAAAACCCAAUCCACUCCUAAGAAUACAUAACAGAGAGUGUUUUGUUAUUGCAUUUUGACCCUAAACACUUAAGGUUUUCUUGAAUGACAGUACCAUACAUAUCUUCCAGUAUCAGGCCCAGCUGGCAUUUUCUAUGUCUUGUAAUUAGUAGAGUAUGUUUUGUAUCAUCUGUGCUAGUUAAAAAUCAUACAAUAUCCUACCCUGCAAAUUGUGUGUGACAUUGUAAUGCUUUGUGAUCAUACUGAAAAGCCUACAUUAGACAGUUCUGCAAAAAUCUCCCAGACCAGCCCUGAUCAUUGGUGCUGGCUCUCCUGACAAAACUGGUGGUGAACACCAGUGGGCUCAGCCAGGCGUUUUGGUUUGGUCAUGAAAAGAGCUUGCUCUGUGCAAAGGAGUAUGUGAUGCCAUGGUAGAUCACUGGCCAGGCACACAUCAGCCAUACUUCCACCAUGGCAUCAGUGGUGGCAGAAGCUCAGUGUGGACUUUUGGGUU